AUGGCCUUCCUUACACUCUCCAUCUUCAUCCUUUCCGGACUCCUCCUCACAACGGCGGACCCGACUGUCGCCCACCCCGGGAACGCCGUCGAAGCGUGUGCCUCGAUAAACAAGUCCUUGGGAUCCCCCAUUGUCCAAACGUCUUCGGGACCAGAAUACAACUUCACCGUCAAUAAUGCAUGGAAUGUCCAAAACACACUGUUCAAGCCGGCGUGCAUCGUGUUCCCGCGCCAAGCGUCUCAUGUUCAGACCGCCAUGAAAGCGAUCUUCAAGGCCAAGGUGCACUACGCUGUGCAGGCCGGCUCGCAUACGGGGAUGAAAGGAUGGAAUAACGUCCAGGAUGGGAUUCUGAUCAUGUUCUCACAUAUGCAGAGUCUGUCGUAUGACGCGCCGUCCCACUCCGUCACUUUUGAGCCUGGAAUUCACUGGGGAAACGCAACCGCUGCACUUUCUCAAUUCGGCGUCGCCGUCGUUGGAGGACGUGUCGGCGACGUCGGCACCGGGUUGCUUCUUGGUGGUGGGAUUUCUUUCCUGAGUCCUUCUCAGGGAUACGCAGCCGACAACUUUCUGUCACUCGAUGUGGUCCUUGUCGAUGGAACACUUGUCACCGCAACAGCAAGUAACAAAUAUUCCGAUCUAUUCAAGGUACUGAAGGGUGGGGCAAAUCGGUUCGGAAUUGUCACCAAAUACACCGUUCGGGCGGUCGAUGUAGGGACAGCCAAUGAGACUCCCUUUUUUGGGGGACAUAUUAUUUAUAACUCCUCCUAUGCAGCCACAUUGUCCAAAGCAACAGCAAAAUACACAAGGGAGACAACAGAUUCCAAAGCAGCAUUGCUCUUUACUAUCACCACUACACUUAUCAAUGGUGUUGCUCAACAAGUCUGUGUUCUCUUCCUCUUCUAUCAUGGCACCGCUCUCCCACAGUCAAUCUUUGGGGAUUUCCUCACUGUUCCUGCAAUUACAAAGGAAUUAUCCCCACUUAGCUGGACCCAAAUUCUUCCUGCACAAGACCCACCUGACUUUGUCAGUUCGAAUCGAGGCUUUGUACAGCACUUCAGUGCUUCUGCUGUUGUUCCUCAAGACAACCUUGUGCUUGAUGCUUUAUCACACUUCCAGAACUUUAGCAGCACCUUCCUGCACAAUGGGACUCAGUCUGGGAUGAAUACAACCUCCUUUGUUCUGACCCCAAUCCUUACAACCCAGAUUGCGGCAGGCCAUGCAAAGGGUGGGAAUGUAAUGGUUUCACCCAGCUUAAAGGGCCCCUACCUCAAUGUGCAAAGGAGUGAGCAAUUUGAUGCUGGAAUCACUGAUAUUCCCCAAUUUGUGCAAGAUGGUAUGAAUCUCUAUAUUAAGCAAGUGCCACCUUCACCUGGUCUACCCCUGUUCAUCAAUGAGUGUGAUAAGGGCCAGAAUGUCUACAAGACUUAUGGAGAGUUUGAGCUGCUUAAAUCUACUUACAAGAAAUAUGAUCCUACCAGAUUCAAUAUGCUGUUCACUGAGGGGCCUAUUGGGCUCUGA